AUGCAAUAUGAGCAGCAUCUAUCCAUCAUUCCAUAUCUGAAACCAGGAAUGUUAAAAUCAAUUCGUAUGGGAGAUAUUGGAAGCGAUGGUAGCUUCAACCAAAUUCUAAACAUGGAACAAGUCCAACAAGCACGGUCUUUUAAACUGAACAGUUAUAGGGAUAGUUUUCCUUUCCACACAUCGUUAAGAAAUCAGGAAAUUUCGGUUCGACUGAAGAACUUUUCCGAGUCAGAUUUGAAUCGACUCAUUCAGGACUCUCUGAAUUACGAAACAGUUGAAAAAGCUGUAAUAAGGAACAUUGGAAUCCAAAAUGAAGAGUGGAUGAAAAAAUAUGUUUCGAAAAAUCAGGCGGAGCAAGGAAAUGACGGGAUUGCAAUUGUGAAGGGACCGAGAUUCGAGUAUGAAGUGGUGGUGGAAGAAACAAACACGCGACGCAAGGGGCUUGCAACGCGUGCGACGGGAUACGCUCGUGAGGAUUAUGCUUCUGGAGGAUCUGGUGGAUUGAACAACAACAAUCAAGGAGGAUCCGGAGGAAACACCAAUUCAGGAGCACAAUCGUCUUCAAGGCUCGUACUGAUGAAUCGUGCUACUUGGGUCCAUAAUUCUUCAUCAAAGAAGCCAAACCGCCACCAGCCGAUCUUCGUGUCCAUUAUCAAAACGUGUUAUUUUUUGAUAUAG